AUGCUUCGAAGUUUAGUAUUGCCACGGGCGGCUGCCAGAUCUGCCUUCAAGCAAAGCUCGUCGUCCCUUCCUUCCAUUGUCGCUCCUACAUCGAUUGCGAGAUGGUCGCGACGAGCAUAUGCGACGGAAGCUGAGGAGCAGGAUUUGGUUAUCAUCGGAGGUGGUGUUGCUGGAUAUGUCGCAGCUAUCAAAGCCGGGCAGGAAGGAAUGAAGGUUACAUGUAUUGAGAAACGCGGCACGUUGGGCGGAACCUGCCUGAAUGUUGGCUGCAUCCCCUCGAAAGCUCUCCUUAACAACUCGCAUCUCUACCACCAGAUUCUCCACGACACGAAAGCCCGCGGUAUCGAAGUCGGCGAUGUUAAACUCAACCUGGCACAGAUGAUGAAGUCGAAGGAUACCGCUGUGGCCGGUCUGACGAAGGGUGUGGAGUUCCUGUUCAAGAAGAACAAUGUUACAUAUGUCAAGGGCACCGCAGCUUUCUCUGGCGAACACGAAGUCAAGGUCAACUUGUCGGAGGGCGGAGAGCAAACCAUUCUCGGCAAGAACAUCCUUAUUGCCACUGGCAGUGAAGCGACGCCCUUCCCCGGACUUGAGAUUGACGAGAAGAGAAUCAUCACCAGCACUGGUGCUAUCGCACUGGAGAAGGUGCCCGAGAAGAUGGUUGUCAUUGGUGGAGGUAUCAUUGGUCUUGAGAUGGCCUCAGUCUGGUCGCGGCUAGGCUCUAAGGUCACGGUUGUGGAGUUUCUGGGACAGAUUGGUGGUCCUGGAAUGGAUGCUGAGAUUGCAAAGUCCGCGCAAAAGAUCUUGAAGAAGCAGGGUAUUGACUUCAAGGUUAACACAAAAGUCAUGGGCGGCGAUGCCAGCGGCCAACAAGUCAAGCUCAGCGUCGAGGCUGCCAAGGGUGGCAAGGAAGAGACUCUCGAUGCAGAUGUCGUCCUCGUUGCUAUUGGACGUCGACCGUACACUGCCGGUCUCGGAUUAGAGAACAUUGGUGUUGAGACUGACGACAAGGGAAGACUGGUUAUUGACUCGGAAUACCGAACCAAAAUCCCUCAUAUCCGUGUCAUUGGCGACUGCACAUUUGGCCCAAUGCUUGCUCACAAGGCAGAAGAGGAGGCCGUUGCCGUGGUGGAGUACAUCAAGAAGGGAUACGGGCACGUCAACUACGGUGUCAUCCCAUCUGUUAUGUACACCCACCCCGAGGUCGCGUGGGUUGGUCAGAACGAGCAGGAGCUCAAGGCUGCCGGCACCAAGUACAAGACCGGAUCGUUCCCUUUCUCUGCCAACUCGAGAGCCAAGACCAACCUUGACACCGAUGGUCUGGUCAAGAUCCUUGCCGAUGCCGAGACCGACCGAGUCUUGGGUAUCCAUAUCAUCGGACCUAACGCUGGAGAGAUGAUUGCGGAGGGAACGUUGGCCAUUGAAUACGGUGCGUCGAGUGAGGAUAUUGCACGCACGUGUCACGCGCAUCCUACUCUUGCGGAGGCGUUCAAGGAGGCUGCUAUGGCGACAUACGGCAAGGCUAUUCAUUACUGA